CACGAGGCUGCCCGCAUCCGCAUCUUAAUAAUAUCUGCGGCCUCGUGCUGCACCCCCGGUUCUGCAUUUGACCUUGUCCGUCCUAUUUACUGUACUCCUCUGCUUCUCACUUCCACCUCUCGCUCUCUGUACAGCUGCAAAAGCCUCCUCAUUUGUGUUUCAUUGUCGUCUGACACUGUCCUGAUUACAUUAUACUACCACUAGAAUGGGCGAAGACAAAGCUUGGGCAAAGGCCUAUGUCCUCGAUCCAUUAAGCGGACCUGAUCCAAGCGAUGAGACUGGUCCUGGAUCACAUUUCCGCUCCACAUAUGAUUCACUUCCUCCGUCUCCGGCAUCCGAUUCGUCCAAGACUCCACAAGUAGCUGUCCAGACUACCGGUGGAAGCUCAUCCACGAACCCAUUCAAACGCAACACAAACUCUCACUCCCGAGCAAGCUCAAACCCUUCAUACCCUACUCCGCCAAGCUCUACAAGCCCACGACGAGAACAGUUUCCUGUUUUGCCAGACCACGGCUCACCAAGUCAUUUGUCUCCAAGCCAGUCGCACGGCAGGGAUGGACCGUCCGGGCAUAGACGCCGUGGGAGCUCGCUCAAUGAGAGGUACCCUGGCGAUCCUACAGUUCGCCCUCUCGACAUGCUCCGCAAAGAUACCAAGCGGGCACACCGAGCACCACAUCUCCGCAAAGCAAACCACAUUGGUCCUGAUUUGAUCGAUCGCCUCGAUCCGACCAUGACGUAUCAUCAUGAGAGCCCCUAUGACGCCGCGUCAAUUGCUCGCAACCAACAGAAAAAGUACAGCCCUAUUGCAGCUCUCGAGUCGAGCAACAAGGAGGCCUUGAAAGCAACUCCUCGUGAAAACAUUCAGAAUGCAGUCCAACGCCAUCGUCCACUUGAAGGCGUAGCGACUGUCCCUCCAGGGAUGGAAGAUCGCUUCGGACGCAAGUACGAUUACGAAGAAGGUUCCGACAUGCAGCGUGAAAACGGUGGCGACUAUAAGCGGUGGCCGGGUCUGCAAUAUCACCCCAAUGAUCUCAAGGGCAAAAGCGAGCCGUCGUACACCAUUGAGAAAGCACUGAAAGAUCACAAGGCGCGCGGAGGUGAUGUCGAGAUGACGUCCCGAGCACGCAACAAGAGUCUAAACCACACCGACCGACCGAGCAGCCUCAACGGACACGCCGCGAGUGGUAUCGAUCGCAGCAACAGCACCGGUGCCAACGUCACAUCCGCACUCAAGCAGCGCCUGCACAUCGGCCGCAAGCCUGUCACUCAGAACUAACAUGAUCCAUACUCAAGAACAAUCUACUCCGUCAUGUACGAUACGACUUAGUAACUGGACGAGUAACUAGAAUAGGCGAGAAAAUGGAGGAAUUGGAUUACACAAUGGAGUCUUGGAUACCACAAAACGUUGAUGAUCAUCACACUGCCUGGACAUUAUUGCUCCACGAUAUAUCUAUAUCUUUUCAGAAUUAACGACGCCACGAGUCUCC